UCCUGUAUCCAGCUCAUUCAUAUUCCUACCUGCGGCUAAACAGUAAGGGGGGGGGGGGUGUCUUUGUAAGGUUACCAGGAUAUGUACUUUAGUUAAGAUGCAAGCAGGUGAAGAAAUGCGACAACAGGAACUGUGAACAUGCUUCCAAAGUUACUGCUUGAUCCUGUGGUGUCACUAAUACGGUCAUCAAUUCUCACAAAUUAACAGCAUAUAUAUUACAUGUAUAUAAUGUAUAUGGCAUGAAUAACUUAUUAUGAUACAUAAUUACCAGUCAGCCUAUUUUGUUAUUAGAACAUCAUUUAAUUGCCCUUUUCUGGUGGUGUCUCAGUGAUAUUAAUUCCUGCUUUCUUAGCGCUAAUUGCCAGCAUGUUCUUCGUAACACUCAAAGCCACCUUGUCUCACCUCUGUCGCGGCUCUCUCCCAGCGUACAUCGAGGACGUGGCGCGCUGCGUGGACCAGAGCAAGCGGCUCAUCAUCGUCAUGACGCCCAACUACGUGGUCCGGCGCGGCUGGAGCAUCUUCGAGCUGGAGACGCGCCUGAGGAACAUGCUGGCGACGGGCGAGAUCAAGGUGAUCCUCAUCGAGUGCGCCGAGCUGCGCGGCAUCAUGAACUACCAGGAGGUGGAGGCCCUCAAACACACCAUCAAGGCGCUCUCCGUCAUCAAGUGGCGUGGUCCACAGAGCAGCAAGCUCAGCUCCAAGUUCUGGAAACACUUGCAGUACGAGAUGCCCUUCAAGCGCCCGGAGCCCAUCGCCGCCCACGAGCAGGUCCUGGAUGUCAGCGAGCCGGGCCCCUUCGGCGAGCUCCAGACGGUCUCCGCCAUCUCCAUGGCGGCCGCCACCUCCACCGCCAUGGCGACGGCGCACCCCGACCUGCGCUCCACCUUCCACAACAGCUACCACACCCAGAUGCGGCAGAAACAUUACUACCGCAGCUACGAGUACGACAUCCCACCCACUGCCACCCUGGGCAACCAACACACCUACUGCAACAUCCCCAUGACUCUGUUGAAUGGGCAGCGGCCACAGGCCAAGUCCCCCCGUGAGCACGGCUUGGAGGAGACGCACGCCAACAACGCCAUGCUCCCGCUGUUAUCCCGAGAGACCAGCAUAUCCAGCGUCAUCUGGUGAUGGCGCCGGUGACACAGGAAUCUGUUCUGCGUGAGGCGGCUUGCACGGCACGGAUCUCUGUGCGGUGCUUCGCGGUGCCUGGACCCUGAUCGCCGCUGCUGCUGCUGCUGAACUAAAUCACUGAUAGACGGGAAAAUCCGGGCAGGGAAGUGACUGGAAAACUGAAGGAUAUUCAUACAAACAGAAACUGCCUAUUAAACCCCCCCAUGUGCUGAUACAUGCACACUUACCAGGAAAACAGGGUCGUGUACAUAUAUUUCUUUGUAGCAUCAAUGUCUUCCUGUUUUUUUUUUUCGUUUUUUUUUUGUUUUGUUUGUUUUUUUUUCGUUUUUUUGGUUACCAAUAAUACCUUUUUUUUUUAUUCAGUAUCCGAUGUUUCCAGUUCGUUUCUGCUUCAGUUUUGUUUUUAAUUUGAAUAUAAAUUCAGAAAGUCUGUAUGGUAAUUAGACUGGAUUGCUGUAUUUUGUAUCUUGACUUUGUGUAGUUUAAGACUUUUUUAACACUUUCUCGGGCUUGUCUGGAGGUACCGAUGUUUGAUUCAAAGGAGCGAUGUCAUUUCUCCUUUUUUUUGUUGGCCUGUGUAAGGUAUGUAUAUUGACACUUAAAAAUAGAUUAUGCAAAAGGUAUAGAAGGUUGACAGUAGUCUUUUCUCCUGAGCGAAAGGACUAGCUGGAGUGAAUGGAGGAGCUGUAAUUCACUAUCGCUGUGUCCCAGCAAUGGCUCCGUCAAUCUCAAUAUAUUUUUUCUGUUAGACAGCAGCCUUGCUGUUUAGCUUGAUAGUGAAAUGUCUCACCAUAAAAAAAAAAAAACUGUAAAUUAUUUUAAAAGAAAAGAAGUAUAUUUUUAUAAUGGAAGAAUUGUUUGGAAAGUCAUCUUUACUCACCUAUCAUUGCACAUGAGUGAAUGAAUGAAAAAUAACAUAAAGGUGUAGAUCUGGAAGCUUGGCUCACAGAUCUGCUGCUGCGGUGCACUGAAGCCAACAGAAGGUCAUGAUUUCUGCUAAAUUAAAUUACACAUGUUCCAAUGUUUCAGUCAAGUUCUCGAAAUAUUAUUUUAAAGCCUAAGAGUUAUUUUUCACAAAUUAAAUCAGAAUUUGGGACAGAAAUACAUAACUUUGUGUUUGGUAGUUUCCUUUUGUUCCCCACCUUUGAAGGCGUCGUUAUAUAUGAUUGACAUUUGGAGAGAAUAUCUUAGAAAAAGCUUAGUUUUCUCCAUUAUUUCUCACUGGACAUUAAAAUCCUUGACCUCUC